AUGGUGAUGGACAGCAGCUUGUACAAAUAUCCUCAGGAUGACCAUGCUUUGACUAUUCUCACCCAAGCUGCUAUGCAUACACGUGCCACAAACCCCUCCUCUUCUUCCAACCCCACUUCUUUGUCAACAGCCAAUCUCCAAACCUCCUCAAUGCCGACCACCGAGAUCACUAAUCAUCACACUCACCCCCAGUCUCGUACUCCAGGAACGAAUUAUGAUCAUCUUGGCUUGCUUUCUUCAACCGCAAGAAUGGAGACACUUGCGUUUAACGCCAACCACGCCUCAAGGCACAACCCAUAUAUGGACACCGCCUUCCGGGGAAUCGGCAGUGAGAUCUCCAGGAACUAUGCGAAUAACAUGGGGAUCUUGAAUGCGGAAUCAUAUCCCGACAUUCUUUCAACUAGAGGAUAUGAUGAGAGAAAGAAAGGUUCUGAACCUGCGCUUUCGUUUGGUAUGAUCCCGAGACCCCACGGGGAUCUUGACUCGAGGGAAGAUGAGGAAGAGCCGGAUAUGGGGACUAGACGGAGGAAGAAGCCGAGGAUCGAAGUUCAUAGCGGAGAUGAUGAGGAGGCGAAAAAGUCAAGAGGGAGGCCCAGAGUUGAUACGAAGGAUGAGACUGCAGCUGAUCGUCGAAGGACUCAAAUACGUAUGGCUCAAAGGGCCUACCGCCAUCGUAAGGAGACUACAAUCUCUUCGUUAGAGAAGCAGGUUCAAGAGCUUAGAGGAACGAAUGAGGAAAUGAGCAACCAUUUCAUCUCGCUCUACGAUUUUGCUGUGGGCAAGGGACUGCUGCAACGGGAACCAGAAUUCGGCCAGCAGUUGCAAUCAACCACUGAAAGGUUUCUGGCCCUGGCAAAAGCUAGCUCCGAGGACCUUCUAAUGGAAGACAACCAUGUCGAGGAAUCCGAAAAACACGAAGAACCAGAAAGCAGCCGGCCCAAGAAGAAGGGCAGAAAAUCAUCUCCAAAAACUCGACAAGAGAAGAAAGCUGCGACUCCUGAAAGUAAAAGUCCAGUAUGGGGCGACUUUCCGCUUGGCAACCACGCUCAAACUGCCGUGGAAGAGAUCCAAAUGGAAUAUCAACCUCAAAAUUACGAAAGCCGGAGUCGCCAGCAGGAUCUCCAGGUCAUCACUCGUCCUACAGAAGACAAUGCGAGCUUUCCAUGGGACUUUAUGGAUUUGCAACAAUAUAAUGUAAACCUCCCAUCAACGGAAGACUUCUCUCAAGUUUUCCUCCCGGAAUCUCAGCUACCACUUCCCGACACACAUUCCUACACGGAGAACACUUUUGCCCGCCGGCUUCAACGUGGAGCUUUAGAGGCAGCAUGGCAACUUGUUACCAACCCCAGCCCACCCCCCGGGGUCUUUGAAAGGGUAUUUGGAUUUUGUUUAACGUAUGAAAGUAGAGAAUCUAUAAUCGAUCGGACGAAGGGACAGAUCCGAAGCUCGUCAAAGGAUUCCCUCCAAAACUGGCGGGCGCCCUUUGUUAACGUAGGCCGUGCAGGCACUUUCUAUCCAUUGCGUGAUGGAAGUGAUGAACUCAUGCCUAAACUUCGUACUGGCUAUUCUAUGGGUCCAUUCACGGAAGCGAUCGCCCAAACACAAGAUGAGUUCUUGGAUGAAAGCAUGCGGUGUAAUAUCCCGGGAUUUGAAGGAGACUUUUUCGAUGCGAACGAUGUCGAAGGUUAUCUUCGGGGCCGAGGGCUCGACAUUCCUUCUUCGGCAAACUUAGUCACUGCACAUCUCGAUUUGUCCUUCGUCGAAGUCAGUCCGAAAGGUACUAGUGGCAGCACUGUCUCAACCAUCUCGCCACGAACCCCUAGAAGUCCCCUUGCGGAUCUACUCACCAAGUCUAAUGGAUUGUCAAAUACCUACAAACUUGACGUCAAUGCCUUGCCUUUCCCACUAGGAUUUGCUAGCUGGGAUGACGAUAUUCCCGGAAAAAAUGCCAGUAACAUCGAUCCCAUAUUCUAUACCACGACAGGACAAAACUUAGGAAGGGCUUCCCCUGACUUUGCCGGUAGCGGCAGUCUUCCAGGAGAAAGGCGAACCGUCACUUUUGAUGUUCAGACGCUACUGUCAGAAAUCAUAAAGCGUGCAGUUUGUUUAGGUCGUACGCCUGGGUUCAGACCGUCUGAUGUUAAUGCGGCUUUAGUAGCAGCGACUAAUUCUGGAUUUUAA